AUGUCAAACUAUAAUCGGCUCACACCUAUUCCGACUCCAUCCAGCAGCAAUCGCAGCUACCGUAGCAAUCGGAGUCAUGUAAUGUCCCCUUCUAUGGUUUCCGAUGAUAGCUUGUUUGCCUCCAAAGAGAAAUGUCAUAUUAAAGCCGAAAAGACGCUUGAAGCAUGGGGUGAUUGUAUUAAAAUGAUGCUUAAGUAUAGCAAUACACAUGACGAGAUGCAAAAGACAGCAAGAGCAUUUGUACAAGCAGAUACACAUGCAAAGAAUACUCGGCAGUCACUGAACAAGGCGAGCAAGACGUUAGAACUGUUAUUGGACAAGAAGAGGGAAAUAUUGGCUACAACAGGCACGUUAAAAGAUAUUGGACAAUGUCUUGGAGAAAGCAAGAAUUAUAUGACUGUCUAG